AUCUUAAUCUUGCUGCACGAAGGAAACAAAAAAAUGCGUCAUGUGUCGUGUGUGACGGGAGAUAUAUUUCGAUUUUGUCUCAAAAAUUGAAAAUUGCUGAACUUUUUUCGUAUUUAAUGCGAGUCAGCGAUGGAUGUCAUAAACGAUAACGAUAAGGCAUUCGAAGAAGCAUUUCACAAUCUGUAUGGAAGUGAAAUCGAAAUCAGUAAUGACGACGAAGAAAUCGAUACACAAACACUGUUUCAAUCUAUUGAUGAUCUGGAUUGUACAUUGAUCGAGAAUACAGAAGAUGAUUCUCGAGAUUCUCAAGUAGUACUAGUGAUAGCCCAAGAGCUCCAAGAGGAGAUCACGCCAACUGAAGCCUCAUCAAAAGGUUCAGGCGUAACAAAGAUUAUCACGCCAACUGAAGCUCCACCAAAAAGUUUAGGCGUAACAAAGAUUAAAUCUGAGUCAAAACAACCAAGUGCAGCGUGGCAAUAUUUUGAAAAAGAAACUAAUGUUACAGCCCGUUGUAACAUUUGCAAUAAGGUGUAUAAACAUGGCGGGAACACAACAAACUUGUUUCAGCACCUUAGUGCAAGCCAUGCAUUGUUUUGCCCCCAAGCUAAUAGACUGAAGCGAAAAGUUCAUGUGACUUCUGGAUCUAGUGACGAUUCUACUGAUGAUCCUCCACAGUCGAAACGAGGAAAAUUCAAAUCACAGGGAAAGUUGAUUAGAAUCGACGAAGCAUUUGAGCGUACGAAAUCAUUUUUAGAAGGAGGCAAGACGUCUGACAAAAUUACAAAUGCCAUUUUGUAUAUGAUCGCGGUCGAUAAAAUGCCAUUAUCUACAGUGCACAACGAAGGCUUUAAAUUACUCAUGAAAACAGUAGCACCUCUCUACACUGUGCCGAGCAGAAAAACCAUGACAAGAUUGAUAGACGUCCGAUAUGAUGUAUUGAAAGAGCGCUUUAUAGCCACUCUCAAAAAACUUGAUUCUUAUUGCAUAACAUGUGACAAUUGGACAGAUGUCGGCAACCAAAGUUAUCUAGGCGUCACUAUCUACUAUGUAACUCCACAAAUCGAAAUGAAGAGUGGAUGCGUUGGAGUUUUUCCGAUGAGUGAAAACCACACAUCACAGUACCUCGGAGAGUGUUUAACUUCAGUUAUAAAGGACUUCAAUUUGGAGCAAUCGAGAAUUACGGCAGUCGUUACGGAUAGUGCGGCCAACAUCAAAAAAGCUGUACGCGACUUCGUGGGACAGGACAAACAUUUGGCCUGCUUUGCGCAUACUCUAUCUCAUCUCGUACCAGACGUACUAGUCGCUAUGCCCACUGUGCGGGAAACGAUUGCAAAAGUGAGGGCUAUCGUAACAAUUACAAGAAGAAGCGUCGUGGCUUGCGAUGAAUUAAAGAAGCUGCAAAUACGAGACGGAAAAACGGAAGGAACCACGUUAAAAUUUAUUCAAGAUGUUCCUACACGUUGGAACUCGACGCUCUACAUGCUAGAAAGAUUUCUUACUCUCGAGGAAUAUGUUUAUCCGGUUAUGUCGAAGUGUCCGACUGCACCAGAUAUGUUAAAACGAGAAGAAAUGCAAAUGUUGAAAGAUGUUAUAUCCCUCAUGAAACCAGUCGAACGUGUCAUCACUGAAGUCAGUGGAGACUCCUAUCCAACAUGUAGCGUUAUUAUCCCGUUAGUUCGCUGCCUGAAAGUGGCUGUUCGAGAAUAUAAGCCUUCAACAAAAUAUGGACACGAGUUUAAAGAAAAACUUGAAGCAACGAUUAAUAGACGAUUUAAAGAUUUUGAGUUGCAUAAAAUACUAGCCAUUUCAAAUAUACUGGAUCCGAGAUUCAAAAAACUCCACUUUGAAAGCGCUCUGGCUGCUUCUUCUGCAAUAUCGCGAAUUAAUGAUUACAUUAAAAGGGAUACUGUACAAAAAAUGUAUGAAAAAGUACCCAUUGAAACGACAGCAAAAAACGAUCUCUGGAGUUUUCAUGACCACUUGGUUGCGACUAAAGCUGACUACGGUGCUCACAGCGAAGACGUUAGUUUUGAAAUAAGACAAUAUUUCAGCCAACCAGUCAUCCCGCGCUAUGAAAAUCCUCUCAAGUAUUGGUCAUCAAUGAAACUCGCAUUUCCGUCAUUGUACAAAUUGGCAAUAAAAUACGUCAGUAUUAUUGGCACGUCGGUGCCAUCCGAACGGCUGUUUUCUCAAGCUGGCGACAUCAAAACCGACAAUCGAAACAGACUAUCCGGUGAGCACUUAAACAAACUGUUGUUUCUCGGUUCGCUUGCACGAAAGGAUUGGGGUUUAGAGUGACAACAAAACUGUUAUACUCCUGCAACUGUAUUACUGUAUUCCUCUUUUGUGACUGUUUUGUUUUUUUACUAGAUAAGGCAUGAUAUUUUUUUAAAGUAAACGGUGACAGUUCCUAUUUUCUAUCUAACAUUUCCUAUUUCUGUCAUUUAAUUUUCAGUUUUUUAUUCGAAAGUUUAUUCCAAUGUAAAAUAACUGUUAAGUAUAUAAUGUGUUGUAACUUAAUGCAAUUGAGUGUUUUGCUAUUCUUGUGACCUUUUAUUCAUUUAUUUAAAACAAAU